GUUGGGCAAACACAGAUGCUGGUGAGCAGCAGGCUAUAAAGGGCAGCUCCUCUCCUCUCCUGGCCCUCGACGAGCCGCUAUUCCUCACCAUCUCCGGACACCAGGGAGCAAGGAGGAUGGCGGCUGCGGCCAGACUCGCCCUCCUGCUGCUGGGCUGCGUGGGGCUCCUGCGGCCGCUCGACGGCAGGUACAUAAACUACUGCCCCGGAGGCUGGUCCUACUACAAACUCAGCUGCUUCAAGUACUUCCCCGAGCCCCGGACCUGGGACGAGGCUGAGAGCCGGUGCCGGGACAUCAAGGAAGGCGCUCACCUGGCCUGGGUGGAGGAUUCCCAUGAGGCAGCCACCCUGCAGAGUGCCAUCUCCUACUACCAGCGAGUGCAGCCCGUCUGGAUCGGACUGCAGAAGAGUGAAGAGAGCCAGGCCUGGCAGUGGGCGAGUGGGAAGGAGUACAGUGCUGCCAGCCAGGUGCCCGGGAACGGUGCCCAAGGGGGGAGCUGCGCCGUGCUGACCCAUCACAGCGGUUUCUCCGUCUGGGCCAGUUCCGAGUGCUCCCGAAAGCAUCACUACAUCUGCAAGUUCUACCCCUUGCACUGAGCGCAGCCCUGGCCCCCGCGGGACCCGGCGCCGUUCCUCCCGCGCCACCUCUGACUCCCCGCAACUCCUAUAAAAAAAUCUUAUAAAAAAUGAAGCAUGCGA